AUGCCAAAGCGUGUAGACGAAAACACUCGGAAGGAGAUAAUUCGUCUUUUCUUUGAUGGAAAUAGUUUGCGAAUGAUCGCCAAGGAAGUUGGUCUAGCGAGGGCAACGGUCCAGGGGAUUGUGAGGCAUUUCCGUCGCACCGGUUGGAUACGUUCCGACAAGAGUAGCGGCCGUCGUCGACUGAAAUCUACACAGGAAAUCUUACAGAAACCAUCCCUAACGGCAAAGGAAAUACGCAUGUCUCUCUUGAGGGAAAAUAUUUGCGUACAGGAAAAUUUGCCUUCGGUGCGUAUGGUACAUCAUAUAAUGAAAAGUGAUUUGAAUUAUUCGUUCAAAAAAAUAAGUCAAACUCCUACUGAGCAAGUUACUGAAAGAAAUAUGGAACGAAUAUUACAAUAUAUAGACACUGUUUCUCAGCUUGAUCCACAAACUUUGCACUUUUUCGACGAGACUGGUGUGAAGAGAACGACUCCAAAUCGCAAUCAUGAUUACGGUCACAGUUUACGCGGUCAAAAGGCUGUCGAGUUUCAACGCUAUGCUUAA